CAAAGCCACAGUGAUUGUGUUCCAUUAGUGGGCUGUGACCCUGCAAGGAACAGUGACAAUGGCAGCAAUAGUAACGGGCCUCAUCCCAAUCCUGAGGACGGCGGUGGAUGCCACCGCCACCUACAAGUGCCGCUCCCUGUGGUUCGGCCUGCUGUGCAUCCGACUUGUGGUCCUCUUCUUUGCCGAGCUGCCAUUCAGCAAACUGGAUACUGACUUCACCUGCAACAGCAGCACUCCCGAUGUCUGCACAAAAGCCUGUUUUAAUGAACGAUUCGACAAGCCCAUGAUGGUGGCUUGGAACUUCAUGUUUGUCGUGGUUGUCAUCUCUGUCCUGCUCAUGGAGUUGUUCACGUCCCACCUCCGCACAAUGGCGCAGAAGAGGAGCUUCAGGAUGAAGGCGGAUGAGAAGCCGGAGGCUCAGGGGACAGAGGAAGCUCAGAUGGUGGCGACGGCGGAAGGCAGGGGCAAGAUGAUCAUAGAUCUCCACAAAGACAGGGGCACCGUAGGCUUCUACCUGCUCAGCAUAGCUCUGCGGAUUCUGGUUGAAGCCUGCUUUUUAUUUUUGCUGCUUUAUUGGAACCUCCACGCGCUCCGUGAUGAACACACGUGUACAAGAGAAGGCUGCAAAUAUGUUUGCAUUUUGAGGGCUGCCCCGGAGAAGCGCAUGUCUAUUUAUGCUUUAGCUUCUAUCUCAGGCAUGAUCAUUGCUUGCUCAGUUUUGUUUUGCAUUUACUCCAUUGUCCACUACCUCUGCAACGCUUAAAUAUCAGACUCCAUGCGUAUAUUCUGUGGGUAUGAAAUGUGCAUGCUUACAUAGAAGACACAAAAUUAACAGGCUAUCUCUAUAAACAGAGCUAUAUGGUUAUAAUUAGGAAUAUUAUACAUAUAUUGUACUACUGAAAUAAAAAUCUCAAAAACUGCUUUGUUGCAUCAUUAUGUUAACUUUUGUUUUUUAAAAAAAAUAUGUGCUAUGAGAUAUAUUUUGCUGACAUAAAGGAUCUGGGUGUUGGCUUCAUGGUGGUGUUUCUGAAUCAGGUUUUUA